UGUAGGGGAAAGGCGCAACGCGCGUGUCUCUGACGUAAUUUAUGCGCGACUCUUGUUUUCGGUGUUGAGUUUGAGGGUUUUUCUGAACUAUGCCUAAAGUUGUGUCCCGAUCUGUUGUCUGCUCCGACACCCGGGACCGGGAGGAAUAUGACGACGGCGAGAAGCCCCUCCAUGUCUACUACUGUCUGUGCGGCCAGAUGGUUCUGGUGCUGGACUGUCAGCUGGAGAAAUUGCCCAUGAGGCCCCGGGAUAGGUCCCGGGUGAUUGAUGCUGCCAAACAUGCCCACAAGUUUUGUAACACAGAAGACGAGGAAACUAUGUAUCUUCGCAGGCCUGAAGGCAUUGAACGACAGUACAGGAAGAAGUGUGCAAAGUGUGGACUGCCACUCUUCUACCAGUCCCAGCCAAAGAAUGCUCCCGUGACCUUCAUUGUGGAUGGAGCAGUAGUCAAGUUUGGCCAGGGUUUUGGCAAAACGAAUAUAUAUACUCAGAAGCAAGAGCCUCCUAAGAAGGUGAUGAUGACCAAACGGACUAAAGACAUGGGCAAGUUCAGCUCUGUCACUGUGUCCACUAUUGAUGAAGAGGAAGAGGAGAUUGAAGCUCGGGAAGUUGCUGACUCGUAUGCACAGAAUGCCAAAGUGAUUGAAAAACAGUUGGAGCGCAAAGGCAUGAGCAAAAGGCGGCUGCAAGAGCUGGCUGAACUGGAAGCCAAGAAAGCAAAAAUGAAGGGGACUUUGAUUGACAACCAGUUCAAAUGAUCAGGACCUUUCUCUGAACCCAGACUAGAAA